AUGUCAAAACGUAAUGUCGAAAAAGCUAAUUGGUUGAAAGAAUUAAAUUUUCUUUGUAGCAGGCUUAAAUCAUAUUAUGAUGAAGAAAAAGAAUUAUUUUCUGAAAUUAAUUUGGCUAAUCAUGUCAUUGAGUCUUGGAAUAUACCAGCUUUCGCGUUGAAAAAAAACUUUGAUGACUCCAGGAACAAGCAAUCUUACGAUGAAGCGAAAAAUUUAGAACGUGCAGACAACAAAUCUUCUCAUAGUAGGAAUAGGAACAAAGGUGUUGUUCUCAAAUCCACUGGCAGAUGGGUGGAUAAAAAUAAAAUUUUAAAUAAACACGACUCCAAUGAUGUGCCUUCUUUAGUCGGGCUAAGCAUAAACUUAAAGAAAACUGAUAGCUAA